AUGUCCGCCACCAACAAGACCACUGUUACUCGCUUUGAAAACUCGGGGCUCCUUGAGCUCCUCAACAAACCGAGCCUCCACGUCCUCCAAUACGGCAGUAUCUACCUCGGUAUGCGACGCAUUGAACCGCGUUUGGGAACUUGGGCACUCGUCCUUCGACAGCCAAACUCGCCAUCGUCGCUCAUCUUCUACAUCAGCGCCACCGCCUGUACCCCAGUCGGCGGUGCUGCCGACCAGCCUCCAAGGUACAUGUACAGCCUCAAAUCCAAGGGCGCUAUACUCUCCAAGCUGGCAGUAGUGGACGAGGCGGGGAACGUAGAGAAGGAAAUCAUCGACCCUGCCGUCCUGGAAUUGGCGCCCCACCUCAGCCCUAUCCGCUCGGUGUGCGUAACGUACUUUGAGGUGAGGCAGAUCCUUGAGAUCCAUAUGGCAUUGGAAAAAGCGCUAAAAAACGCAGUUCGUGUUAAUACGGAACCGGAGUGGGUUGUCAGCCAGCGCUGGGUUGAGCAAGCGCUCCUUGCGCUGCAAAGUGCGGGGUUCGCCACGUCUAUUGUAGAGAGACGUGACCUUAAUCGCGCGUUGGGGAAGUUAACAGUCGGAGAUGAUGUCCUUCUCAACUUCCUCUGA